AUGUUUAGAAGCCUCCUUGGAACCCAGUCGAGCAGUCGAUCGUCUGGCUCUAGCCGCCACCGUCACCGUCGAGAUCGCGACGAGGACGACGACAGCCGUUCGAAAACUUCAUCACAUUCUCACCAUCAUAAAUCCUCACGCCAUCAUUCGUCUUCCUCGAAACACAAGUCCUCACGAAGUGACGAUCGUGAUGCGGACAAGUAUUCGAGCUCGAGACGGUCCUCGCGACGAUAUGAGGAUGAGGACGAUGGCGCGCGAUCCGUCGUUGCUGCCAGUGAGAUAGUGUCUGAAGCUCCGUCGCGGGCAUUGGACGGUGAGAGAGGUGUGAUUGGUGACGACCCUGACGAACAUUAUAGAGAACGAAGGUCACGCAGAAAACGUUAUGGUGAUGACGAUUCUGUGCUUGACGAAGACUUGCGAGACACACGACGUCGCGAGAGAGAUACACAUAUUCCCGAGGAACGGACAUACCGUGAUGAUGCCCCUUCCACGGUAGGGUCCGACCUACGAGACCCAUCCCGCCGUGAGGGAGAUACAUACCCGGGUGAACGACGACACCGGGGAGAUAUUUUCUCAACCAUGGAAACAGACACAGCAAAACGGGAGAACGACAGAUAUGAUGAUGACGACAGAAGGAGAUAUCGUCGACACGAAGAAACUAACCCUCACGACAGAUACGAACCUACACGCUCGGAACGGCGCAGCAGGACUCUAGACGACCGAGCUAUCUCUGACGACCAGCCUACCGAACCAGCUAUUCGCAGCCGAACAACUACUUCUGGCCCCCAGACUUCACGGUCCCCAUUAUACCCUACUGAUGGCAGCUAUCCGCUGCCUCCCACUUCUGGCCCUGGACCUAUGCCGCAACAAUCAUAUUACCCUCCCACAUCGGGUUCCUAUCCGCCUCCAGAGGACUCCCAUCAGCCGCCAAUGGUCGGCUCAGCUGCCGAAUACUAUGGAGACCAGGGCCAAUCUGUUCCUAACCAGCCUGGAUACACACCUAGUGCCAUAUUGCCUUCCCAUGUACCUGAAUAUGGACCCCCUCCAAUGCCACAGUAUGACCAGCAAGAAGCUGGUCCAUCUGGACCACCGCAACAUGGCACUGGUCCUGGUGUAAUGGAUGGUAUGGCUGCUGGAGCCGCUGGUUACGGCAUGGCCUCAGCCAUGGCAGGAGGAUUGCCGCACAGUGGCCCUUCUAACAUGUCACCUACCAUGCCGGGUAGCAUGCCGUCUGAUAUACCACCUAAUAAUGCUCAUUCCAAUGUGCUGCCCGGAAACUACGACGAAUCUCCGACUACUUAUGCGCCAUCAGAGUAUCCCGAAAAUCGCCCUCACCAUUCAUCCUCCCACGGUGGGCUUGCUGCACUUGGAGCGACAGCAGGCCUAGCAGCCGCAGCUGGCCUGGCAGCAAACGCGCACCACAAUUCACAUCACAACGCAUACGGCAACAGCCAGCAUAUAUCACAGUCUCAACACCAAGGUAUCGGUGGUUUCCAGCAGGGCACUCUGGCAUACCAUAAACGCCAUCAUGGACCUCUCCGAAAGUUUGUUGACUUUUGGCGAGACCCAGAAGGCGUGGCAUUAUACGAAGAGUACUCAGAGAUCACAGGAACUUGCAGAUACUGUUUCGAGCCAGGAACUACCUCUCGAGAUGCACCACGUAAACAUCGAUAUCGGCGCAGACCCUCCAAUGACAGCUUCGGCGGCAGGUCUAGAGUUGACAAGCUGAGUCGCUAUGGCUCCUCUGAGGAAGAUGGCCACCACAAGAGCUCGAACCGAAAAUCGUGGUUGGCUGCUGGCCUGGCUGCAUAUGUGGGCAAAACACUCUUUGAUAAGAGGAAGAAUGACCGUCGUGAUCGCUCUCCAUCCAUUCGUCGCACGAAAUCAUCUUCUUCUUCAAGUGUAGGAGGCCGGGGGCCUGCUUCGUAUGGACAGACUGCCAUAUCGGAACGCUCCUAUCCGCCAUCUACCAUAGGAGGUAGGCAGAGGUUUGGUAGGUACGAAUCUAAGAGUGAUGUUUCCAAGCCGUCCAUAUCGGGCCAUUUGAGAUCCAAGUCUGAAGGACAUCAACGGCGCGAUCGAUCAAGCUCUUCAUCCAGCGAUGGCAAAUCUAGCCAUGGGGUGAGGUCCGCUGCCAUCGCGGCUGGGGCGCUGGGUACAGCUGCGGCAGUAUCAUCAAUGAGCCACGGACGCAAGGGGAGAAAGGUGCGCGGUAACAGCAGAAGCAGAUCCCCUAGAAAGUUCCGUCGACGGUACUCUUCGUCAUCCAGCUCUUCAAUGGUCGAUAUCUCUCGCCCUCCGACUAAGAAGGGACUAGCAAGCUUUUCAACCUUCUUUACGGCGCCAUCAGAGAAAUCUCGAACCCGUAGGACCAGCCCUCGCAAAAGACAGAGGAACUUUUUCGGCCUUGGAUCAACUUACUCAUCAUCAGACGAUGCUGACCUUGCAUUCGGAUCCGGCUUUCUCAAAUCACGGGCUCCAAAAAAGGGCAAAGGCCGGAAGCGUGACGAGGAUAUUGAUGCGAAGCUUAUAGGCCUGGGUGCGACUGCUGCAGGACUUGCAGCCACAGCAUCAAUUGGGAAUAGACGACGGCAGCAAGGCCUCAUUGCAGUCAAGGAUCGAAAACCCAACAAUAGAAACCAGAUCGCUGCAGAUGACAACUGGGAAUCGGUAUCAGAUGAAUUUUCCUCAGCAGACUCCGGGCUCGCAUACGGAGGACCGUCAUCUCGCAGUCGAGACUCAUUCACGUCCGACUCCGGGGCUUCAAAAUGGCGAUGGCGAUGGGGGACUUCGAAAAAGAAGAGACGGCAAUCUCCAUCCUACCCGUACAAAAACAAUGCCAACGGGCGAGAUUCUCAAGCCUCAUACCCUCCACCAUCCAGCAGCUUUCCCAGCCUCCCUUCUAUGCAAAACAUCGAUCCUAUUCCGGCUCCCGAACAAUCAUUGGUACCUUUUCGCAAUGCACGUAAUUCCUCCACUGGUGGCCCGACAGAUUUAGACACGGCAAAGCCAAUGUACAUCUCCAACUCGGAAGCCACAGAAGUCGACCAGCCAAAGCCAGUAGUCCCCAUCCCUAGUCCUUUCUACUCUCAAAAGGAGCCUGAAGGUGAGAAGACCAAACAUGCCUUCAACGAAAUAGCACCGGCUGCGGCAGCCGCAGCAGCAGGUGCGGCAGUGAUAGGAACGGCGGAUGAAUAUUACAAUGAUCACCCCUUGAAGGACUCUGUGGGAAAUCUGCCAAUUGACGAACACCAAACCAAAGAUAUGCCUUUAACAUUAGUCCCGUCGCCUGGGAGUAACCAUGAACAUCACGAUGCUAAACUCCCCAAGGAUUCGGUCAGUAACAUAGGCGCGGAGCGCCAUCGACAAAAGCAAACAAUGCCAGCUCUACCCUCUUCGCUGCCGGGCAAAUAUGAUCAGGGGCCGGUGGUAGACCCAUCUGGGGACACGAGUGUCGUUAAGCCCAAGAAACCAAGGAGUUACUUCGAUGAUAGUGAUAUACCUGCAAAGAAGCCAGAACGCAGAAGGCGAGGCUCUUCUCCAGUCCUCGACAGCUACUACUCUUAUAUCACCGAGGUAGAGAUUCCUAAACGUAGCUCCACGGCCAAAGGUGUCCAAUUUGAAUUGACCAAGGAACAACAGGACAAGGAACAGCGCCAACUUGAAUUAGAAAGUGAAAAAGCCAGACCUUAUCAGCGAGCCGAAGAACCCAUGUCAGACCCAGAGAGCUGGAAACCCAAGCCUAAGCGCCUUCAUCGUAGCGAGGAAAGGGAUAUCUCUCCACCGCUACCUGCGGAAACGCUUGAGGAACCGCUUGAUGGAAAGGAUACUAGCUCAUGGGGUUUGCCUGCCAGAGUCACUAUUCCAGUCGUUGCUGGCGCUGCUACUGUAGCGGCUGGUCAUAUAUUGAAAGAUAAAAGGCGUGAAAAGGAAGAAUGCAGCAGCUAUCCUGAAUCUUCUGACGCCGGACCGUCAACCACAUCCAGAAAACGUUUUAAUUUACCUGGUGGUAUCAUUGAAGAGCCUCGAGAUAUAGCGGAGAAGCCGGUCCCCAACCCCAAAACCAAGCCAACUUACGAAAGCUAUGCGGACUACUUCGCUCCUCCUGAGCUUCGUAAAUCCGGUAGCGAGACUGUUCCUGAACCCACUCCAACAGCUCAACCGGGAGGCCCUAGAUUCCGUGUUAUUGAACCUCGUAGCGGUGGGCUUGACCGCGAACUUCUAAGGGAUGAACCAGUCAAAAGCACAAGUUUACCUUGGCCAGUUCCUCAUCUAAAUAUCAUCGAACCUACACCACCUCAUAGCCGGACUAGUUCUCUCUUGGGCGAUGCUAGUGAGCCAAAGGAACGUCGUGUUGCUGACCCUGUUGUCUAUGUUCCUGAAAUACCCACAGUUCAUCACGAUAAAGAUGACGCUACGGCAGACCGCGAUGCUCACGAAAUAGAACAACAUGCAGAUAUCGGCCAUACUGCAUCCUCUGGAAUUACUUUACAUGACGUCGCCGGAGCCGCGAAGAAACCAGACGAAAAAGAUUUCGAAAUUGCCCCCCCAGAGAGUGACUCCCGUGAACCCAGCUUUGAGGUGCCUUCGCCUCCUCACCAUAUGCCCGGUGAAUUCGACGACGAUAUAGAAUUCGCUGCCACCAUUGCCGCUGGUACUGCCAUGUCAGGGUUUGAUCCAUCUAUUGUCACAGGUAACCCGGCUUAUUAUUCUCGUGUCUCGCCUCCUGGGUCAGAGGGUGAGGGUGGCCUGGGCGGUAUUCACGGUCAAACCCCGGUAUCUCCUGCUCGUGGAUUUGGUGAACGGGAAUCACUACCACCAUCCAAUAAUGAUGCAAACCAAGGCUCUAAGUAUCAUGGCCCUCUUGAUCGAACCAUAGAUACUCCUAGUGGAAUAACACCGGGCAUUCUUCCUCGAGACAUGGAAACCACGCGGCCUGAUCCUUCCAGCCAUGGGAUGCCCGAAGAUACAACUGCCAAGCCCGGCAAGAAAAAUAAGAAGAAGCUGAAGGCUGCUAAAAAGAAGGGCAAGACCCCCGGUGAGGCACCACUUGAACCGGAUUGGGAAGAAGAGUCUGCCUAUACCCAACCGCAACCUACAGAAGUGCCUCGCGAAGUGGAAGUUGACCCUGUUGAUGAACCGACGCCUAUGAAUCGAGGCUUGUUUGACGAUGAAGAUAAGGCAGGCAAGGGUCUUCAUGACAUGGAUCUUAAGGGAGUGGUAGAUGAGCGCGAAGAAGUACCUGCGCACGAGCCUGAGAGAUGGCAAGAUGCUGAAGAGGACCUAACGCCUCCUACUGUGCCUUCGGCCUUUGAAGCAAACAGUGGUUAUGCCGCUCGCAAUGUUGAGGACCAUAAGCUAGAUAACGCACUUCGUACCUCCAUGCCGGGGAAUUUUGAUGACGUUCUGGCUGGGGACGGUACCGACAACCGAGGAGGUAUGUUUUUUACGCCUGAAAAGUCUCUGCCAACAGAAAAACCGGAGUUUACAGUCCCUGAAAAAUCCCAAAAAAUGUCUAAAGGGAAGAAAAAACGCCGAACCGCGGAUGAAACAGAGCCCUUCACAAGUGAGACUGCGGAACCCAGUACUCGUAGUGUCGAAAUAGAUGAACACCCUGAUCAUAAUGCUAAAGAUCCUGCCCUUGCCUCUCUACCAGAGAGUAGUGGAAGUCUGGAAAGGGGGUCAUCUAAAUCAAAACGCCGCUCACAUCAAUACAGUGAACUCAUCGAAUCCCAAUCUGAUGUUGCCUGGCCCUCGAAGCCUGAAGACGACGAUUCAUUGAUAAUUCCUCCCCGUGCUAAAUCAGAGACAGCAAAGGACUAUGCAAACAGCAACGAGAAGUCUCAAGAACUUUUUGGACUAAUCGGCUCUUCUGCUGAAAAGGAGGAACCUGUGCAAGAAAGGGAUCAAUCCCCUCCGCCAUCAGAAAUUUCAAGUUCAAAGAAGAAGUCGAAGAAAAAUCGCCGUGCUGAUGAUGAUGAAAUCAAAGCAGAUGAAAAUGAUUUACCUACCUCGCAAAAUAUUGAAUCAGUAAACCCAGAAGGCGCAGCUUAUGGCGAUCAACAAAGGCAGAAGAGUAAAGAUCGGAAAAAGAAUCGUAAAAGUCGAUAUGAGCAAAUAGUCGAAUCCGGGAAAGCAAGCAAUAAUGAAGACAAAAAUCUCCAUGAUAUCAGUAGUGCUAAACAACAAAUUGACGAAUCUUUGGAUAAGAGCCAAUCCCCAAGACCUUUUCUAGAAGAUAGCCCUGAAAUACCCUCCGUCCAUGAUAGUAUUUUGGGACAGGGUACAAAUAUCACAGUUGAAAAGGCCUUAGAUAACGUCCCAGCUCCCGUUUCAGCAUUUCCUCUGCAGCUAAACCUGCCAUCUCGUUGCCGAAGCCGCUCUGUUACCCCCUUGCCUGGUGAGAAGAUUGUCGAUUUGCCUACUCAGUCUCGUAGCAGGCCUUCAUCGCCAUCACGCUCACCACCUGAUACUGCAAAAAGGGUAUCCUGGCGCGGCUUCAAUUUUGGCGACCUCAACAGCUCCCCAACCGCAAUUCCAAUACAGCUUCGGCGGCCACCUUCGACCCCCGACAGGGCAACUCAUGACAGCCAGGUUUCCCCUAGCAGGCCUAGAUCUGGACAUAAACGGCCCAGGUCCACCGAGUUUAAGACGUCCCGUGAGUUUAGACCAUUAUGGCUUGUUGAACGGCACACCAGCAAAGCCGAACAUCCAGUGGAGGAGUCAUACCCAUCUCUACCCUCAAGUAAAUCUACGUCCCGAGUAUCAUCGGUUGAGAAUUUACGAGCCAAAGCUCUUGAUGGUGUAGAGUCCACGGAUUUAUUCUCAACCCCAAGACGCCGACCAUCGUUGCAAAUUGCGACUGACCACUCUUCUCAUGAGGUAGAUAUCCUAGGUUCUCAGCAAGCCACGCCGACCGCGCACGCGUUUAAACACCAAGAAAAGGGGAGAAAGGAGAAGCCGAAAUAUGAGUUCCAUUCCCCCUCUGAGCUUUUGCGGGAUCCGAUGCUUAACAUGGAGAUGUCCAAAUCUGCAUUGAACGAUGUACCACCGUCCCCAGAAGGUACUGUGAUUCACGAUGAUGAUAGGAAAAUGGGGUUGGACGAUAUAGAUUUACAGAACCUGCCACCUUUGCCUGAGUCGCCAAUCCAUGAAGACCUUCCUGUAUCGGGCGAGUUGGAUAGAGCCACCCCUGACACUGGUCAUGGUGCAUCAACAUCUUCAAAUAAUGAACGCGUUGUUGAGUUAGCAGAUGCAUCAAAAAAGCCAGCCGUAACAGUCUCUUCUGAGCAGCUCCCAUCACUUCCUGAUAGCCGUCCAUCCAGCCCCAGCGCUGGUAAGGAGGUGGAACAUGACGUAUUGGCAGAGGAUAUUGACCGUUCUUUGACUCCGCAACCGACUCAUCGUAGACUAGAUGAAGUUUCAAACGACAUUCCUAUGGAUAUUCCAGUUCCAGAUUCAGCCCCUGUUACGCCUACUCAGGGGUCGCCCACUUAUCGUGCCAGCGAGGCUAGUGAAUACGGAUCAGUCGAUGAAGACCACUUCGUGGAUGCCAGCAGUCAGGCACCUAUGAGCCCAUCAUAUCAGAGAGAUGUUGAUUCACCCACUACACCAACUCAUCCAGUGAUGGACUACCUGCCCCGUGAAGCAAAUGUCAUUAUCCCGUCCACUACUGAGUUGCCAGCUCCUGUUGUACCGGAGGCAGAGAAUAUCUCCAACGACACAGACGCCGAAUCUGUCAUGACUGUACAAAAGGAUGACUUAUUUGGAAAGGAACCCGAACUAGAUCCUAUGGCAGAAGAAACUCAAGAGCCUGAAGCCCCAGAGCCAUCAAAAUCUAAAAAUAACAAGAAAAAGAAAAAGAGAGAUAGUGAUACAGAGGCAAUUUCUACUGCACCGCCUACAGAGCUUGAUGUUCCUGCAGAUCCAAUUCCUGAACCUGCCCCCGAGCCUGAAACGGAGAGGGAGCCACUGAUAGAUAACUCAAUUGAUCCCAUAUCUUCCACAAUUACUGAUCAGGCCCCGGCCGAAGAAAUUACCAUUAGCGAAGAAAGCAAAGCGGAGUCCCUAAAACAGGAACCAGCGCCCGAACCUGCGGCUAAAUCUAAGGGUAAGAAGAGCAAAAGUAAAAAAGGGCGAAAGAAUAAAAUCGUGGCAGAUCCUGUUGAGGAGCCUAGGCAAAAGGCUGAUGAGCCUUCGGCUACCAUUCCUACUCCAUCAAAGGAAGAAACAGCAAUUAUUGAGGAUCGAGUUUCGGAAGCUCCCGCGAGCGAAACAGUUAAUAUUGAGCGGGAUGAUGCUGUGAUCAGCUCUGCCACUGACAUUCAUCCGCAAUCGCAACACGACAAUCAAGAUAUUGUGGAUGCUGUCCCUGAUAGCCUUGUGGAAGUAGCAAGAGGACUAGCAGAUGAUGAACCCGCUGGCUUAGUGAAUCCUCUGGAUAAACAAAACAGCCCUACUGAACCUCAGCCAGCCGAAAAGGAAGAAGGUGCUGGUGACCCGGAAUAUCCUACGGCUAGUGUUUCCGAGGAAGGUCAACAAGGUCAUCCACAGGAGAAUGAAGUAACCACUCAGCCUUUCUUUUCUGGUGAAGUUGACCCUGUUCCAAUGGAGGCUCUUCCGGAAGAUAUUCCUCUUCCCCCUUCGGAUCUCAAUGAAAUUGAUGCCCUCAAUCCUGCCCAGGAUCAGACACAGCCGGCAACGCAAGUUGAUGAUGGCACAAAAGAGCAAGCGAUACUUCUGCCUGGUAGUCCUCUGCAGAACCCACAGGAUUUACCGUUGCCAGAACCCAGCUUAGAUGAAGCUGAUAUUUUGGAAGAAUCGGGUGAAACAGAGACAAAGCAACCAAUGCUACGUGAUAAUAUGAAUAACACCUUACCUUCCAUCCAUCCGAAUGAUCUGGCGAUCGAAACUGAUGCACUUCAUGGGGCCACUGAUGUACGAGAGAUAGAACCGGGGAACGAAGAAUUGCUUGAUACCACUGCCAGCCCAAAGCCAGCUAUUGCCUCUCCUGUUGAUGAAGGUCUGCUCAUAGGCCAGGACACCCGUGAGUUACAAUCUCCUGCGACCACCGACGCUCCGGGCCACAGUGAGGUUUCGGAGGAUAAAACGAAUGAUGCAGCUGGUCCAGCUCCCAGCCCAACCAACCAAACAUACGAAAAGGGCGACCAAAGUGAUCCUGACGUGUUUUUCGAUACUGUUCAAGAUGUGAAUGCUCAUGCCAAGCAUGAAAAUCUAGAUGAGCUGGCGGGUAAGGAGCCGGAACCUACCUUUGCAGACAAACCUGAAGAAGUGGCGGAGUCUGAACCUAAGCAGAAGAAGAAGAAAGGUAAGAAGGGGAAAAAGGACCGUAAAAAUGCCAAUUCUCUUGAGAAUGAAGCAUCAACAUCCGUCGAACCAUCAGAAGUACCAGUGAGAUUUAAUGACGCUGAAGGGGCUCCGGCUGUCGCCUCGAAUGAAGAGAUUCCUGAACCACCGGCCAUUGAUGAACAACCACUUGAGGCGGAGGGAGCCAGGGAUUUACCCUUGUCAACAGCUGCAGGCGCUAAUGCGGCCGAAGCUGGAGAGAUAGCCAAUGAUAGUCCACCACAUAUUCCUGGUGACAGCAGCUCUCAAUUCGAUCAAUUCGAUGUGCGGUCAGCGUCGAAACAAUCCAAAAAGCAAAAGAAAAAGGACAAGAAAAAGCAAGCAUCUGCUGAUGCCCCGGGAGAAACCGUUCCUGAGGCAAGCACAGUCGAAGGGGACGUCGAAAAUAUUGCAUUGGAGGUUCAAGACAAAACAGCAGUUCCUAAAGAUAUUGGUGAAGACCAGCCGAUAGAUAAAGGGGAAAACGACCUUCCAGGUGUUGGCCCUGAUUCUGUGGAAGAGAAGUCAGAGGAUAUACCCGUCGACGUCUCAUUUGAGAAAGGAGAGCCGCUCAAAGAGGAUACAUUGCCAAUAGAUGCUGAGCGUGAAGACUCUGCUCAAUUGGAGAUAGAUGACGGAACCUCUGGCGAGAAAGAUUCAAAUAUCGUGAAGGGUGCCGAAGAAAGUGAAACCAUGCAAUUCAAAUCCCCUGUCGAUGAAUCAGGCCUGCAAGCAGAGAAAAUCCCCUCCACUGAAGAAGUUAUAAAGCCUGCCAAAUCCAAGAAGGAUAAGAAGGGGAAGAAGUCCAAAAAGAAUCGCGAAGCCCUGCCUGGGGAAAAUGAACCUGAGGGCGCAGAGCCAGCUAAGCCUGCCGAAGAGCAACCGCCCAAGGUUUUGGACAACGAGCCAUCCAUCACAGAUGACCUUCCCGCUGAAGAGCAGCCUUUGGAAUCCCAGGGAGACCGGUCGUUAAACGCUGAUAAUGCUCCAGCGGAAACUUCUGUCGAGAAACCAUUAACAGCUAAGGAAAAGAAGAAAAAGAAAAAGAACCGAGGAGCAUUAACUGCGGAUGAGGAAACCCAGCUUGCUGGGCCAUGCGCUACGCCUACUGCUCCUGAAGACGAUGCUGAGCCCGAGGAUACUGGUCUGCCGGAGGCCAAAGAUGAGGCUAAGGAUACUCAGCCUGCCGAGCACCUGGCCGAAGAACCAUCAAGCGUUGAUAAUUUGCCAACAGAACUAGAGCCUCUAGAAGCAUCUAGUGAACAGGUAGAAGGCGCUGAUGGUAUAUCGGCGGAACCGCAAACCCUGGAACAAGUGAGCGAACAUCCAUCAGGUGUAGAUGACUGGAAAACGGAGCCGCAGUAUUUGGAACCAUCAAAUGAGCUUGUAUCGGAUGAUGUAGAUAAGACGCCCAUGGAGUCUCAGCCCUUGGAAGCCUCUCAAAAUGAACAGGCACCAGAUGACGACAAAACGGUAACUGAACCCCAGCCCUUGGAACCAUCAAAUGAGCAGUCAUUACCUAUUGAUGACACCCUGGUUGAACCUCAACCUUCCCUACAUUUAACCGAGGAGCCACUAGAAAGUCCUAAAGAUCCACAGGCUUUGGAACCUUCGAUCGAGAAACCAGCAGACUCCUACAAUAUCUCAAAGGAGGCGUCUCUUGAUAAACCCUUGCCAGUAAAGGAGAAGAAAAAGAAAAAGAAGAAGAAUCGAUCUCAGUCAUUAGACGAUGGGUCUCAAGCUGUUGAAGCACCAGUUCCUCUUGAAGAGACACCGGCAGAGGAGCCUCAACAAGAUAAGCCCGCGGAGCUUGAGAAGGGCACACCCACAGGACCGCCGGAUGAUAAGCCCCCAGAACCCUCUGAAGCUAAAGCAGCAGAGGACCAACCGGAUGCUCCUGUAGAGCCCCUAGAAGACAAACUGCCAUCCAUUGACAAUGCAGUCGCGGAAAUUCCGGCUGAGGCGCCUUUAACAGCCAAGGAGAAGAGGAAAAAGAAAAAGAAAAAAGGCCAGUCGCUCUCUGUUGAUGAUGGGUCUCAAGCCAUAGAGACUCCGGAACCUCUUGAUAAUUCACCAGCGGGCCCUCUCGAGAAUAAACCGAUGGAAAGUGAGCGGGAUACGGAAUCCCAGGAACCUUUGUCCACCGAUAGGUUGCCCGAGCCUCGCCAAGGGGUGCCCUCAGAAUCACAGGAUAAUACGCCUCAUGCUACAGAAGUACCUUCUCAUAUUAAAGUUUCGCCAGCAGAAUCUCUUGAGGACAAUCCUUCCGAUUCUCAACCCUAUGAGGCCAUCGAACUCGGGGAGAUAAAGCAGGACCCUAACCUCCAUGAAUCUCAAGCGUAUGGGUCCGCCGAACUCGUGGAGGAAAAACAGCUAGAAACUCAGCAAAGCUUGGACUUGGAAACCAAGCAAGAUGAGCCCACCACGCUGGUUGAGGAUAAGCUGCCAGAAACACAUAAGAUUCAGGACUCCGCCCCUCAAGAGUACGAUCCUGCCCAACCUUUGGAUAACAAACAGUCAGAAUCUUAUCCAUUUGAACUCCAUGAGCCUAAGCCCAUCGAGUCUACAGGGGAAAGGCAGCCAGAAACCGACACUCCAGAGCCUCAGCCAAUCGAGCCUACGGAGGAAAAACAACCGGAACUUGCGGCUCCAGAGCUCCAGGAGAAUGGACCAGUCGAAUUUUCAGACGAGAAACAGUCGGGGCCUCAGGAGAAAGCUUUGGGAGAACAAGAGGAGGAACAGCCUGAACCGCAAGCAAAUAAAAGUUCAGAAACCCGGGAGCAUGAAUCCGCCGACCUUGUGGACGACAGCCAGCUAAAAUCUCAAGCUGAUGAACCCUCUGAAUCUUUAGAAGGAGAGCUAGUAGAGAAUUUAGAGGAUAAGGCAAUUGAUCCUGUAGACGACGCUCCCGCGGAACCGUCAACCAAUAUGGCUCCUUCACUGAAAGAAAAAAAGAAAAAGAAGAAAAAGAAAGGCCAAUCCAAAACUUUGGAGGAUGACAAACCCGAGGCGGUAGAUACACCAACUCCCGUUGAAGAGCCCCCUACUGGUUCUAUGGAUGAUCAGUCCACGCUGGAAACGCCAACCGCAAAGCCUCUUACAGCCAAAGAAAAGAAAAAGCAGAAGAAACGUGAAAAACAAUUAUCUUUGUCUGAGGAAUCCCAGUCCAUAACAACGUCUGAUGCUCCUAAAACAUCUCCUAUUGAAACCCCAAAGGACCAAGCCUUGGAAAUAGAUACCCAUUCCGUGGAGAAUCCUGUUGAAGAGCCUUCUAUAGAGAAAGAAGCGGAAAUGAACCAGGAUCCACUGCCCUUGGAAGAUGUAUCUGAGCCUAAAGAGGCAGUGCAUCCCUCGGAAAGCCUCCCUGUGGAAUCUUUGGGCGAAGAGGCUGUGGGAAUCGAUACCGUCAUGGAAGAACCAUCUCCGGAAACUCCUCUGUCGGCUAAGGAAAAGAAAAAGAAGAAGAAGAAGAACGAGAAAAAGCCAGCGCCUUUGGAACAUGAGCCUGAGCCGUCUAAAGAGGUUCCACCGCCCUCUGAAAGCAUUCUCGACGAGGCAUUUGGUACUGAUUCCAUAUCGGUCGAAACUUCUACAGAAAAACCUCUGUCAGCUAAGGAGAAAAAAAAGAAAAAGAGAAACCAAGAGCCUCAACCUUGGGAAAGUGAAUCUCAGCCUGUGAAAGCGCCUCUUGAUCCAGAUAAUAUAGAUGUGACACCCUUGAGCCAGGAGGCCUCAGGCGUUGAUAACGCUUCGGCGGAGACCCCUUUCGAGCAACCUUUGACAGCGAAGGAGAAGAAGAAGGCAAAAAAGGGCAAAAAAUUAAAGCAACCGAUGGACUGGACAGAGGAGGUUCCCCAAGACACCGAAAUAUCGGGUGAAAAAACCCAGCCAGAGAUCCCCAUUCCAACCGGAGGUGCUGUCGCGCCGGAGCCCAUGUCUUCUUCUAUUGAACCUGUGCAAGAAGAUAUUGAAAAACAACCUGAAGAUCAAGUGGGACCGUCAAUUGAGCCCAGUUCGAUCAGCCAAGGUACUGCUGAUAUAGACAUCGACCAAGGAGAUUCUACAACAGUAACUGGUCCCGAAGGAGCCGGUGGUGAAAAUAAAAUUAGCAAUCCAGACGAGGACGGUAAAGAUUUUCAACUCUCUAUAUCUAAGAAGAGCAAAAGUAAGAAAAAGGCUAAAGAUUCUGGUUGGACUGAUGUAAUUCCGCCUACGCAGGUUGAUAAUGGGCCUGCAAUCCCUCCUACGGAGUUUGAGUCUCAGCAACGAUCGUUAUUUAUUAAUGAAGAACCUCCCAAAGAAUUUGAUGCCACGCCCGAUGCCACGGAUGCUUUAUUACGAAAUGACGCCUCAAACAAUCCCCCCGAUGCCACCGAAUUAGACCUGGCCGUAUCGAAGCCCAAGCCAUCAGACCGCCCGACCGAUGUUGAUGUUUACCCCGAGGAUAUGAUAGCCACUGCUGAGGAACCAGUAUCAGCUCCCAUUGAUGAAACUGCCAAUCCCGAAUUAAUUCCUCUCCCGGAAUCAAUGGAAACGGACACAGAACAAAUUGUGCCCCCGGGGGAAACAGGUCAAGAAGGUAUUGAAACACCCAAGGAGGUCGAGUGCACUGGACCGGGGCAAUCUCUUGAUGACCAAAAUAAGGAACAUAUCCAAGAGAGCGCCGCUGAGAAUCCUGCCGAACCACUACCUAAUGAGAGUAAAGACUUAUCACCAAUUGGUCUAGGGGAUGCACUUAACGAAUCUUCAGUUCCUGAGCCGCAAGAUCAAUCAAUAUCAAUUCCCCUACCGCCUACGUUGCCUACAGAACAAGAAUUGGAGGACAAUCCUGAAGCCUUAACUGGGGCAAAGGGUUUAGUGGAAGAGACGUGUCCCGAAUCCAUCAUUCAGCGGGAAACCCAGGAAAUGCAGAAUGAAACCCCUACCUCAACUUCUGAGACAAUUUAUUUCGCUAGUUCAACGAAACCUUACGAACAACAGUCUACCGAACUCCCACAGGCUGCGAGAAUAGAUAUAGUUCUUGAUACUGCAGAUGAGCCCCCAACAGAAGUUCCAAAUACUGAAGCCGAUUUACCUCUUGACCCUACUGAAAAUCCAAUACCUAAUGUUCAUGAUUCUUCGGCCGCUCCUUUAGAUGGCCACUUGAUUGGAGAUGCCCCAAUCAGCUCUGCACCCGAGCCUGAAAUGGUAAUUGAUGAACUACCAACUCAACAUGUAGGCAAGAGCUCCAAAAAAGAGAAGAAGAAGAAGAAGAAGGAUGUGGUCCUUGAGCAAGAACCUGAAGUUGGUCCUGAAGCACCGGAGGGUAAUGUGAUAAAUUUACCUGAAGAACAUAACGCCCCAGAACCCGCCGCUGCUGAAACGGAGGAGAAACCGCUUCGUGCGCUUUCGAAAAAGGAGCAGAAAGCUGCCAAGAAGAAGGCUCGGAAAGCUGCAAUUGACGUCCUUGAAGAGGAUUUGGGGAAGGGUACCGAGGAACCCAGUCCAAUCCCGGGCGUGCUAGAUGCCACGGCUGGUAUGGUUGAAGAUAUAAAUAUCGACAGAUCCGUUGAUGCCCAAAUCACUGAAAAGCCAGAUGAAGCUGCUACCGGGGAAGAAUAUGAAAUGGAAGAACGACCCAUUUCGACGGUCGUGGCAGCUGAUUCUAUCGAAAGAGAUAUUCCCUCUCUGCCUACCUCAACCUCACAAGAAAAUAGCUCUGCCCUGCCUGAAGCUCCCGUUGUGACGGCUACAACCAAGGACCAAGCCGCCUGGGGAGAAGUCUCUGGCUCAACGAAGAAAUCGAAGAAACAGAAGAAGCGCGGUAAAGGUAUGGUAGCUGCGUCUACUGAUCCCGGUGCUGACGACGAUAUGAAGGAGAUUGAGCUGGGAAAAGAAGAGAAUAAAGAAGAAAUUGUUCUGGAACCAACAGUACCGGAACAAUCUUCGAAGAAAAAUAAGAAAAAGAAAAAGAAAAACAUCGGCAGCCUGGAUGGUGAAGCUAAAAGCUCCGCUGCGGAAGAAAAGAAGGACACCGAGAAGCCUGUCGAGUCUCCCGUCUGUCCUGAAGUUGACAUGUCUGUUGCUGGCGAGGAUGCAGCCCAAAAAGAGGACGAGGUUGACAACGAACGAGAGGUGGACACGGCAUCAUUGGAUCUCCAGCUUUCCGGUGACCAUGAAGUCACCAACGAUACCCCGGAGAUCCAGCAGUCAGAGCUUCCCGACUCUAUGACGGCUGAUAUCGGAGACUUCAGCGAAGACACGAUGCCCAAGGGUGAGCAGAACUUAGAAGAUAAACCAGUGGAAAUGGCCCCUGAGGAAACUGAACUAGCCCUUGAGACGGUCGACCCGGGGAAGCUGAAGGAUACGAAUGAUUUUCGCCCAGUCGUGGAAGACAGCCAAGCGACGCCCGAAACUAACAAUACUCCCAAAGAGCCGCAUAAUGAACCGGAAGAAGUAAGACGUGAACCAGAUCAAGUUGCCUUUUCUGGCGAUGCCACCCAGACUGAAGUUGUUCCCGAGAAGAGCGAGGAUAUAUCUGAAUUUGUACCAGAUUCAGCUAUGGAUAUUGACGAUGCCCCCAAAGAUCCAUCGCAAGACCACGGUGUAGUAAUGGAAGAUAGUACUAGAGAUAUAUCUAUGGAGGAUUCAAUCACACCACCCCCCAAACAGACGACAGCCGAUGCUUCUGAAUCUAACGAUCUGGCACCAGUUUUUCCAGUAGAUGCUACCCAGCCCGUGGAAUUUGGCCCAGCGAAAGAACAACGGACUGAAGAUGUGUCAAUAGGAAACGAGCCUGGCCCAGAACCGACAGCGAAGACAGAAAUGGAGACACCUACGGAGGUCCCAAUAGGCUCAACACAAGAGGAAGAAACUUCGUCAAAGGAAGCCAAGGGGAGGAAAGGGAAAAAGGGCAAGAAGUCAAAAGGCAAGGGCAAGGACAUAGAGGAAGACAAGAGUGAGACCCCUUUGCUUCAAAUGGAGGAGUUUCAAGACCCAUCAAAUGUGAGGCCUCAAGAUGUAGCCGAACGGGCGGAGCCAAGUCCUGAGUUUCUCUCAAAGCAACUAGAAGUGGAAGACGUUCCUAUACCAACGACGAGUGAAAUAGGGGAAAGGGCCAAGGCCAAAGGUCGUGCGGUUGGUGAUAUUGAAUGGACUGGAUCUGCAGGACAAGACAGUCAGGAGAUAACAAGUGCUCAGGGUGCACAUGAAAACCUCCUGGACAAGCCUGAAAUUGUGCCAGAAGAACCUCCUCAGGAAGCCGAAGAUGCCCUCCCAGCAACCAGCAAGAAAUCCAAAGACAAGAAGAAGGACAAAACAAUUGCUGUAGAAACAGAACAACCACAAGAUUUGCCGCUCCCCCUAACUUCUGUUGAACCUGAGGCUCCAAUCGAAACCAUGGAACCCGUUACAGAGGCCCCAAAGGACAAAAUGCCUGAACAAGAGGAAUUCCUCCCGAAUGUUACGAAGAGGAAAGGGAAGAAGAAGUCCAAAGAUAAGGGUAAACGUCUAGAGCCUUCUGUGGUAACGGAAAAAAGUCCCCCGGAUGCGUCUCGUGAGCCACCUGUUGAGCCGGAGGAACCAGUCAAAUCCGAUGAUCCUACUCUUGCUGUCCCAAAAGAACCACAGAGCGGGCCGGAGGAUGAUUUACCGGCGUUGGUCGUGAGCAAACGGGUGAAUAAGAACAAACGAAAGAACAAAGCACAGGUUCUCGAGUGUCCCAGCCCGGAUAACACAGAAGCCCAGUUACCAACCCCCCAACCUGAACCCGUAACUGAAGCAGCCGUGGAAACCUCGGAAGUGCCCGACUGGUCGCAGCAACAUGAAUUUUCCCUUGGAGAUAUCAGCUCUUCAGCCAGAGAAGAAAUAACAACCACCAGGGACCUCGAUACACCAGUACAGGGCCCCUCUGGUACCGAAAGGGAGCUUAACAAGCCAACCAAGGACGUUGAAAUGCAAGACAGGUCAAUUGAUGAGGCCGAAGCAAUGGCACCGACUCCCAAGUGUCCAGACAAUGAUGACCCUUUCUCGGUUGAGUCAAGUACCAAGGAACGGUCCUCAUCCAUCCUCUUUCACUCAUCACCGUCGACCCGGGACAUCGGCUACAUGACCACCCCAGCUCGUCAUGUAAUGGAGGAUGAGGAACCCGAAGAGCGGCCAUCCACGCCUACACCGAGCCGAUGGUACAAGCCCAUUGAGACUGACGAUAAGCCUCUUGAUGAUGUUGCCACCCACCAUGCACUCCUCCCUACCCCUGAGAAGGAAACGAUAGAACCAGCCAUGGCUGAAGGCACCACAUCCAAGUCCCCUGAGCAAGCCAGACCUCCUUUGGAACCACCAUCUCUCUUUGGAGGCCCCUAUGGGCUCGCUGAACGAGGGAGAUCCGCCUCCAGAUCCGCCUCUCCGCCCAAGACUCCCCUAGGAACGAUCAAGGAACACUCCACCAUCUCUCCGCCAUACGCAAACCCGCCUUCUCCAGCCUUCCCCCAGCCGACCCCAGACACCGCCACCACCGUCCGCGGCCCCGAGAAGAAGAAACCGGCCCAGCAACCGGCCAGGACGGCGUCUGAUGUCGAUAUCAUCCGCAGCCCAGAAUCGACACCACCAAAACUUCUACGUCGAGUUAAAAGCAGCCGCAGCACGGACCUUAAAGCGGCGAGCCAACGUGACCUUCGGCGCGGAAGAACUCGAACUCCGUCCCCCAGCCUCCAACAAGCCGAAGAAGAAGAAGAAGCGCGACAACUUCCAUCGUCUUCAACCUACGAUCCGGUCACAGACAAGGGCAAAGCGCCGCUGCGAGGCAUGGCCGCCGACGUUUAUGAAGGAUGGGGCGAUGUCCAGGGCGCCCCGCCGCUGUCGCCUACUCGCCCGCCCAGUGUGCGCCGCCGUCGCAGUCUACAGCGCCUCCAGGAGCUCGAAACCCGUCUCGACCAGCUCGUAUCUGAGAACCGUCUGCUUGGCUCCUCGAAAGCUGCUGCCGAAAGAGCAAUUGAGAGCCAUGCUGUCGCCCAGCGGCAGCAUGCCCGCGCAUUAGAAGCACGUGACCAGACCAUACAGAACAAGGAGCUGGAGAUACAGCAGCUACAGAAAUCGUCAGACUGGCUGAAGAAAGAGAUUGCCAGGCUGACGGAGGUCAAUGAAGGCCUUGCUGCUGCCAACGCCAGCUACGCAGCCUCUCGCGGACUUGAUGGCGGCGACAGCUCAAACUACAAGAAGGAAUGGGAGAAAUCGCAGCAGGAGCUGGAGAAGGUUCGAGCGCAGUACGCCCAGCUAUCCUCAGGUCUGGAGCAGAUGGUCAAGCACGAAGUCGGCACUGCGCUGGCCGAUAAGGAUGCCGAGAUACAGUUACUGCGCGACAACCUAGCAGAUGCGCAGCACAAGAUCAAAGAGCUCCAGCAGCAGAUCCAAGCCGCCUCCAAAGACGACAUUCUCGUCUUCCAUGAUGAAGAUUAUUUUGAUAACGCCUGCCAGAAACUAUGCCAACACGUCCAGCAAUGGGUCCUGAGAUUCUCUAAAUUUUCUGAUAUGCGCGUAUGCCGCACAACCGGUGUGCUCCGCGACGAGAAGAUUGUUGACCGGUUUGAGAAUGCAAUCCUAGAUGGAACUGAUGUUGACACAUACCUCUCUGAUCGUGUGAGACGAAGGGACGUUUUCAUGUCGGUUGCGAUGACGAUGAUGUGGGAAUACAUAUUCACCCGCUACCUAUUCGGGAUGGACCGAGAGCAACGACAAAAGCUCAAGACACUCGAAAAGCACCUGGCUGAAGUUGGCCCGCCAAACGCAGUCCAUAAAUGGAGAGCCACUACUUUAACCCUUCUUUCCAAACGUCCAUCCUUCAAAGAACUACGCGCGCAAGAUACGGAGGCUGUCGUUCAGGAAAUCUACCGUACCCUCUCAAAGCUACUUCCUCCUCCUCAUGAACUAGAGAAAACCGUGCUUGACUCUCUUCGGAAUGUGAUGCGGUCCGCAGUCGACCUUUCAAUCAAGAUGCGCACCCAACGUGCAGAGUACAUAAUGUUGCCUCCCUUACAGCCUGAAUAUGACACCAAUGGCGAAUUGCUCAGGAAAGUCUACUUUAACGCCGCACUUAUGAACGAACGCAGCGGUGAGACUACCUCAAAUGAAGAGCUUGAGGCGCAACGGGCAGUCGUCCGCAUGGUUCUCUUCCCUUUGGUUGUCAAGAAGGGCAGCGAUGAGGGCGAUGGUGACGAAGAGAUAGUUGUUUGUCCUGCCCAAGUCCUCGUCGCUAGGCCUCCAAAAGAUAGGAAAUCGUCCAAGGGGCUAAGCGCUGAUAGACAGAGCGUUAGAUCCGUUCAAAGUUUCCCGUCCAUCAGUAUGGACCCGAGCAACCCGAGCAACAUAGUAUGAGGCGUCACACUC